GGGUGCGCACAGUGCGGCGGGUGAAGCCGGUGUCCGAGCGGGAACUACAGUGUCGCCUCCGCCCGCGGUGGGCGCCGUGCUCUGAGCUCUGUUGUCCUUGCCGUUCGCCGCCCUUGCUCCUGCUCUCCUUGCUGCCCAUCGGGCCGUGAUGGAGGCGCCGCCUUCGGCCGGGGCGUCCACGGAGGGCUCCCCGACGGCAGCCGCGGCCGAGGUGCGCUGCCCGGGCCCCACGCCGCUGCGCCUGAUAGAGUGGAAGGUGGCAGCGGGCGCGGCUGUACGCAUCGGCUCAGUACUGGCCGUGUGCGAGGCUGCCGCCUCCGCGCAGCCCUCCGGGCAGGCCCCGGCUCGCGCCACCUCCGGGGGCUGCGUGCGCGCAGCGCGCGCGGAGCGUAGACUCAGGUCUGAGCGCGCGGGCGUGGUCCGUGAACUGUGUGUGCAACCCGGCCAGGUGGUGGCCCCCGGAACACUUCUGGUACGAUUGGAAGGAUGCAGCCACCCUGUUGUCAUGAAGGGCCUGUGUGCCGAGUGUGGCCAAGACUUGACCCAGUUGCAGAGUAAGAAUGGGAAGCAGCAGGUGCUAUUGUCCACAGCAACCGUGUCCAUGGUCCACAGUGUACCUGAGUUAAUGGUGAGCUCCGAGCAAGCUGAAAAACUCGCAAGGGAAGAUCAGCAACGACUGCAUCGAAACAGGAAACUAGUCCUCAUGGUUGAUUUGGACCAGACCCUGAUCCAUACAACCGAGCAGCACUGUCCCCAGAUGUCCAACAAAGGCAUCUUUCACUUCCAGCUGGGCCGGGGUGAGCCAAUGCUCCAUACCCGCCUGCGACCUCACUGCAAAGACUUCUUGGAGAAGAUUGCAAAGCUGUAUGAGCUGCAUGUUUUCACUUUCGGCAGCCGGCUGUAUGCACACACUAUCGCAGGCUUUUUAGAUCCUGAGAAGAAGCUUUUUUCUCAUCGAAUAUUAUCUAGAGAUGAGUGUAUUGACCCAUAUUCUAAAACGGGAAACCUUAGAAAUCUCUUUCCCUGUGGAGACUCAAUGGUUUGCAUUAUCGAUGACCGAGAAGAUGUCUGGAAGUUCGCCCCUAACCUGAUAACUGUGAAGAAGUAUGUAUACUUCCCGGGCGCAGGUGAUGUGAACGCACCACCUGGGUCCCGGGAAGCUCAGACAAGAAAGAAAGUAAACCAUUCUUCUAAAGGAACCGAUGUCUUGGAACAAGUUCUGCCUAUGAAGGAACCUGAGGAAUGCAAACCUGUUCUUGGGGUGGAGCAAAGCAAUGGUCUUGGGAAAUCCUCCAGGGAACUCAAUGGUGGCGAGGCUGUGCCAGGAGCUUUUCCCAGUAAAACAGAUGAGAAGGAUACCUGGCCUCCCACCCGGGCCCCCUGCACCAGCAGCCCCAGUGGCCAUGAGGUAGCUGAUGCCACAGAAACCCCAGUGUCUUGUGAAUGGGUUGGUCGGACCACACCAGGGGUGCAGCCCACUCAGGGAGACUCGACCCAGGAUUUGGAUUUUGACUUGUCCAGUGACAGUGAAAAUAGUGAGAGCAGCAAGUCAGACAGUCAUAAGUCUUCUGCCUCUGAUGGGGAAAGUGAAAAGAGAGGCCAGAAAAAGUCUCCAGCCAUGCAGGACAAAACAAAAGUCUCACAGCACAGCAGUCCCCCUGACUUGAGUGGUGGGAGACCUGCAGCAGGCUCCUUGGGAGAGUCUGGGCCUAGCAUCCACCCUCAGGACAAAGUACCAGACCUGGAUACUCAGGAAGAGAGUGAGCAGGACAGCCUCUGUGGCCUGGGCAAUGGCUGUGUGGACCGGAAGGAGGCUGAAACCGAAUCACAGAACAGUGAACAGUCAGGUGUCACAGCAGGCGAAUCCCUGGACCAGAGUAUGGGGGAGGAGGAGGAAGAAGACACAGAUGACGAUGACCACCUGAUACAUCUCGAAGAGAUCCUUAUGCGAGUGCAUACUGACUAUUACACAAAGUACGACAGAUACCUCAACAAGGAGCUUGAGGAAGCUCCAGAUAUACGGAAAAUUGUGCCAGAGCUCAAGAGCAAGGUGCUGGCUGAUGUAGCUGUGAUAUUCAGUGGACUGCACCCAACAAACUUUCCUGUGGAGAAGACCCGUGAGCACUAUCAUGCCACGGCCCUGGGGGCCAAGGUCCUUACCCACCUGGUGCUGAGCCCUGAUGCCCCUGAUAGGGCCACUCAUCUCAUUGCAGCGAGAGCUGGCACAGAGAAGGUACGCCAGGCACAGGAGUGCAGGCACCUGCAUGUGGUCAGUCCUGACUGGCUGUGGAGUUGCCUGGAGCGCUGGGACAAGGUAGAGGAACAGCUCUUCCCACUCAUAGAUGAUGACACCCGGGCACACAGUCCAGGAGUCAAGCCCAGGGGAUGGUGCCACCUACUUUUAGGGGAUAACAGCCCAGCAGCCUUUCCAGACAGACAGAAUGUACCUCCAACAGCCUUGUUCCACCCAACACCCAUCCACCCCAAGGCCCAGCCUGGCCCUGAGGUUCGGAUCUAUGACUCCCACACAGGCAAGCUCAUCCGGAUGGGCACCCAGGGUCCUGCACCAGCUCCCCCCAGUGCCCCACCGAUCCACGGGGAUCCCUCCUCCUUCAGAGCUGUUCAGCCACAUCAGCAGCAGAUGUUUGGCGAAGAGCUGCCAGAAGCUCAAGAUGGAGAGCAUCCUGGCCCUGCUAGAAGAAAGCGACAGCCCAGUAUGUCAGAGACAAUGCCGCUGUACACUCUGUGUAAGGAAGACUUAGAGAGUAUGGACAAAGAGACAGAGCUUCUGUCAAGGGAAGGCAGCACCAAUGCAGGUGUCCUUAGAAGCAGGCAGGUACCAAUGCAGGUUGAUGACAUCCUUGGAGAAGGCAGCGAUGACAGUGACAGCGAGAAGAAGAAGACAGAAGACCAAGACAAUGAACAGGAAAGAGUGCCAAAGCCCAGGAAGCCCAGGGUCCCAGGGAUCCGAAGGGAACAGCCACUAGGGUCAUCAUCCAGUGAGAGGAGUGCUUCUGGCAUGCGUGGGCCCAGAGGCCACAAGAGAAAGCUGAAUGAAGAAGAUGCUGCCAGCGAGUCCAGUGGGGAGUCCAGCAAUGACGACGAGGAGGCCAGCAGCUCCGAGGCAGACGAGAUGGCAGCGGCUCUGGAGGCAGAGCUGAAUGACCUGAUGUGACUGGGGCCUGCUACUCUGCCAGCCCUUGGCGCAGGUCAUCUUUCUCCAGAAAAACUUAUAUUUUGCAGAGUUCCACAUAUAGAAACACAUUAUUUUGCAGAAAUAAGUGUUUGUAAGAAGUUUUACUAUAGGAAAGUCUACUUUUUUAAGCGACAGAGUGUCACGAGGAGUUGGUGUGCUAUGCCAAACAGCUCAGCAGAACCUCGCACAGCGAGAGUGGACGUGCAACGUCUGGUCAUGUAGUGAGGGGUUGGUGGUUCCCUUUAAUACCACAACAUAUUUAGGGUGAAGACUCUGGGGGACCCAAUAAGACUUAGAAAACAAUGUAGCAAAACCUGGCAUCUUGGGCUUUUUUCACAGCUGACACUGUCAGAAUCUUGAAGGAUUUUUUUAAGUGGAACGGCAAUGUACCUACACUAGGGCAGGCCUGGGUGGGAGCCCUAGUCACCCACCAGUUCCUCAGAGGACCUGCAGGUGACCUGGGGUUCCUGGCACAGAUGCUGCCUGCAGCCUGGGCAGUGUGAUGAGAGCGCCUCCCUUUCCUUGGGUGGCCUGUGCUGCUCUAUAAGAUCUGAUGUAAAGUUUUUGUAUAUUUGAUAUUCGACCCACCAGAUUCUUCCAUUUAAUAAAAUCCUUUUUGUAA